CGGGAAGAUGGCGGCGGGCGGCGGCGGCGGCACCGGGCCGGGAGCGGGGCCCGGCGGAGGCCCCGGGGCCCGCAGGGGCAGCGCGGGCCGGGACGCGGAAGCCGAGGUUUGGUGCCGGCGGGUUCGGGAGCUGGUGAGCUCGGUUCCCGCCAACCGGCUCUGCUUCGAAUGCGGCCAGCGCGGCGUCACCUACGUGGACAUCAGCGUGGGCAGCCUCGUGUGCACCGGCUGCUCGGGGGCGCUGCGGGGACUGAACCCCCCGCACCGCGUCAAGUCCAUCUCCAUGACGACGUUCAGCGAGGCCGAGGUGCUGUUCCUGCAGGCGCACGGCAAUGAGGCCUGCAGGAGGGUCUGGCUGGGCACCUUCGACCCCCGGACGUCGCUGCUCCCCGACUCCCGCGACCCCCAGAAGGUGAAGGAGUUCCUGCAGGAGAAAUACGAGAAGAAGCGCUGGUACGUGGCACCAGAACAAGUGAAAGAGCAAGUGAAGCCCCCCCAGAGCACUGCAGCAGAGCCCGGGCCCCCCCAGCCCCUCCCCGGGGACACGGGGACGCUGCCACAGCCUCGCCCAGCUGCCCGAAAAGCCAGCACCGACCUCCUGGCUGACAUCGGGGGGGACCCCUUCGCCAGCCCAGCCCCUGCCCCCGCCUUCGCUGCCUUCCCUGGCCCAGCCCGCUCUGCCUUCCCCAGUUUCAAUGCCUUUGGAACCAGCCCUGGAGCAGCCACGUUUGGCGGAGCUGUGCCCCCCUUCCACAUCCCCCCCAGCACCACAGGGAGUUUUUGGGGGCUCCAGGAAUUUUGGGAACCCCACAUGGCUCCUCUCUUACACCUGCAGCAGGUGUGGCUGCCCAGGGCGUGGCCACCCCUGUUCCGCCCACAGGGGGAGGAGCUUCUGUCAGCCCCUUCGGGACCCUCCGGGACCCCCCAGCGCUGCCCCACGGGGGCUACACCAACCCCUUCAUGGCCCCCGUGGCCCCCAGACCCUCCACCAACCCCUUCGAGAGCAACGGCCUCGGUGCUGCUUUCACCUCACCCCCUGUUCCUGGGGGCUUCCCCAGCCCCUUCCAGGCCGAUGGGUUGCCUUUCUCUGGGUUCAACGUUGCCGAAGCUUCCACCAACCCCUUCGUGACCGUCCCAGCCCCGGCGGCGCCGUUCGGGAUCAGGCACCGGGCCACCAACCCCUUCCUGUGACCGCAGCUGCUCCGGGAGGCCCCCGCCGCGCACCGCCCCUCCGCCGGGACCAGCUUUUAUUUUUUGUUCCGAGAGAUUUAUCGCGAUAUCUAAUAUAUAUUCGAUAGAAACGGC